AUGGUGGACGUAGUAAUCGAUGAAGCCGUGGAUGAAACCGAGGCUCGUGUGUGGCUUCGACAGUACAACGACGAGCUGCGCAAGCGCAAAACAUCAUUAAACGAAGCCAGCUGGGCGCACAGUACCGACAUGAACCCCGCCACCGCGGAGGCUGCGAUCCAGGCUAACAAUCAAGUCCACGAGUGGAAAUUAAAGAAACUAAAGGAGGCUAGCAGGUUCACUCCAGCAGCAUACUCAGAAGACCUGAGGAGGCAGUUCUGGCUGAUUUCGCUAGACGGCACUCCGGAGGAUUCUAACGAUCUCAGACAAAUGUCCAAGCUCACAAACGACAUCGAAAGUCUGUACAGCACUGGCAAGGCAUGUCGGGAGGAGAAUGAGAACGAGGUUUGCCACCCUCUCGAACCUGACCUCGAACACAUCUUCGCGACAUCACGUGACUAUGACGAACUGGAGUGGGCGUGGAUCGGUUUCCGCGACGCAAUUGGUCCAGCUAUGAGAGACAAAUUCGCGCGAUUGGUCGAACUGAAAAACAGCGGAGCAGGAGAACAUGGAUUUGGUAACUUCUGGGAACUGCUUAGCGCGCCGUUUGAGAUAGAAAACCUGCUGGAGGUUGCCAACGGCCUGUGGAGUGAGAUCAGACCGCUGUACGUCCAGCUACAUGCGUACGUCAGAAGGAGGUUGGCCAGCUUCUACGGGGAAGACAAAGUCUCAACAACGGGGCCAAUACCUGCACACUUACUAGGAAACAUUUGGGCCAAGUGGUGGAGCAACAUUUACGAUUUGGUGGCACCCUACCCAGACCAACCGGAUAUGAACGUCACUUCCGUCCUGUUGCAAAAGGGAUAUGACCCACUGCGCAUGUUCAAGAUCGCAGAGAAGUUCUUCACUUCCAUUGGUUUGCGAGAAUUACCAGAGGUUUUCUGGGAGAAGUCUAUGAUCGUCCGUCCUGCCGACAGGGAAGUCUCCUGUCAUCCUACAUCCUGGGACUUCUACCACCAUAGCGACGUCAGGGUAAAGAUGUGCACAGAGGUCAACCACGAGUUCCUUGGGACGAUCCAUCACGAACUGGGCCACAUCCAGUAUUUCCUACAGUACGAGGACCAGCCUAUGCUGUACAGGGACGGCGCUAACCCGGGGUUCCACGAGGCUGUAGGAGACACCGUAUCGCUGUCCGCCAUGACUCCCGCUCACCUCCGCACGGUCGGGCUGCUGACAGACUGGCCGGACACACACGAAAGCGAGAUCAACUUCCUCCUGAGGCAGGCCCUGGACAAGAUCCCGGCCCUGGCCAUGGGGGUGAUGAUCGACACCUGGCAAAGCCGCGUCUUCAGUGGGAAAAUCACAGCAGACGAGUACAACAGGGAGUGGUGGAAACUCAGGUUGGAGUACCAGGGACUGUCACCCCCUGUGCCGAGAACAGAAGAAGACUUCGAUGCUGGGUCCAAGUUUCACAUUGUCUACGGGUUCGCCAUGAUGAGGUACUUUGUCAGCUACAUUAUCCAGUUCCAGUUCCACGAGUCCCUGUGUAGAGAGGCGGGGUAUCCACACGGCCAGCUCCAUAAGUGUGACAUCUACGGGUCAUCUCAAGCUGGGGACAGACUACGUGAGAUGCUGCGGAUGGGAAACAGCCAACCCUGGCCAGAAGCCAUGAAGGUCAUGACCGGUCAGAACAAGAUGGCGGCAUCCGCCAUUUUGGAAUAUUUUCAGCCGCUCAUGAAAUGGCUAAGAGAACAGAAUGGCGAUGAAAGUAUAGGUUGGUAGUGUUAGAAAAGUCACCGUCAGAUAGAUAGAGUACUCCAAAUCUUUAGCAGACACUAAUAGUAUAUUAACCAAUUACAUAAUUUGAAAAAGGCCUACUAUAAUUCGUUAACACUAAAAUGCUAGCUUUCGACGAAUCAGAAAGUUACUAACGACACCAUUCCAGUGAUAACUUUUUUGGAAACAAUAUUAACCGAUAAGUUUUUUUUGAAAAUUCGUGCCCGGAGACUAAUUGCAAAUUAUAAAACAUAAAAGA